AUGUGCUGUUGUGAUGUUAUUGCCACAGUGGGAAAGUAUUUAAAGUUUGUUGUGGCAGUUGUUAUCUUCCUCUUUAUCGCUGGAGCUGCACUUAUUAUUGUUGGAAGUGUGUUUCUCAGUCAAAAAGAUGGUCGUAAAGAAUUUAAAGCAGCUGUGAAGAACUUUAAUCCCACACCCAUCCAAGCGUGGACUGGCACCAUCAACGACUCUACUGCUACUGUUUACCACGUGCCUCUCAAUGUGGAUGGUAUGCCUAACGUCAUUUCUGUCUUUACUGAGGCUACCGUUCAGCUGAAGGAAGAUUCAAAAAAAAAGAAAUCAACCCCCCUAUCUGUCGAUCUGUUUGUUAAUAUUUCUACCGUUCAAAACUUCACAAGGAGUGUAACCAUGAUGCAAUCAAAAAGUCCAAAGUACACAUGUAUUCCUGAAGAUUGUUUUCCACCCGGUAGCGAAUGUACUUGUAAGGCCGCUCUGGCUACCUUUGAGAAUGAUUGUCUUUCAAACGAGGGUGAGUUUGAUAAAGGUAAAUCAAAGUGUGGUUUGUCUGAUAUCUGUGGUACAUGCUCAUAUACAAAAUACAUUUCUACUGUGUAUCUCGUGGCUACUGAGAUACGUCCAGGGGUAUUCAGUGAGCAUAAAAGUAUGUACAGCGCCAAAUACGAUUUUGGAAAAGAGGCACAUGAUUAUACUGCAGUGAAACCAUCCAGCGUCGCUGUACGCCUGUACAGCGACAAGGACCCUUUUAUAGCGCUACAGCGGCUGACGAAAGGUACAGGGGACUUUGGUGUGAAUCGCCGUACUGCUGGAAUUACCAUGGUUGUCCUUGGAUGUCUCCUCCUGUUGCUAGAAAUCGGUGUCUGUGUGGCAUUGAUCUGCUACUGUGUGCGACGAAAAAGCAAACCUGCAAACAACAGAUUAGGCUUACCAACAACGUCCAAUGGAGCAGUUACCAACUCAGGGGGAUAUAUGACACCCAGUGGUUAUGGACAAUCACUAGAGCAACCGCCGGUUUAUGGACAACUAGCUGUGCCACCACCACCACCAGCAGCAGCAGCAGCAGCACCACAGGGUUAUGGUUAUGGACAUCCUUUGGCACCACUCCAGGGUUAUGUGUACGGACAACCACAAGUAUACUUCUAUGGACAACCACUGGCUACACAAGGGUUCUCCACAACCGAGGAAGCACCACCACAGUACUCCUAUGGGGAUUCACUUUCUCAACCAACUUGUACAAGUUCCAAAGACGUUGAUUCUGUUAAAAAAUAG